AUGUCAUCUUCUGAGUCCUUCUCAGACCUUUCAGGCUCUGACCUUGCUGUGGUGAAGGCUUCACCCUCUUCUCAACGUGUCUCAACCCAGCAAAACACGUAUCCAUCCCACAUGGCCCACCUCGAUAACCUUCCCUUCGAGAUGUUGUGGCACAUUGCCUCCUUCACAGACCUCCAGACUAUCUUCCGUCUCCGCAACACCUCUUCUCGCCUGCUCAAGGUCUUUUCCCAGACGUGUGGCCGUAUUCUCUUCGACUUUGCCAUGGCCUCGGACCUUUUCAAGCCUCAUCCAGAGGUACUCGUCGCGCAUACGAUUCGACGUGCCAGUGCCGUGGCCCUCACAAGUCCCGAGAAGAUCAAGCUUCUCUUCCGAGCCGUAAUGAAUGGCAUGAAUGGCCUUUAUGACUUUUGUGAGCAGCAGCUCGCCACAUCCCUCACUGCAGACGAUUUCAUCGGCACGCUCAACAAGCAGAAGUCCAUUGUCAAUGGCUUCACCGAGAUCAUUUCCAGCAGCUUCCCCGACUGUCGGCACUCACCUAUCGAGGAUGGUCGAUUCUUACUGGGGAUCACCACUCAGCCAGGCCGGGAGGAUCAAAUCGCCCUGCGACUGAUCAUAUUUGGCGAAUUGUUUGGCCCUAGCAUGGAGGCACGUCUGGAUUUGAAGAGGGAUGAGCAGAUCCCGUCCGUGUUGCCCUUUUAUAUUCGCGAUAGUUUCCUGCGCCAUGUCAUGCCGUGGCCACGAUCUACCGAUGAUGGGGAUCUGGAUGCGGAUGAGGAGGAUGAGGAGAGCCACGAUUCAGAAGACAGAGGGCUUCGAUGGGUUGCGGUACUUUUCACCGAGGAAUGGCGCAUCCGGUGGAUCAAUCUGAUGCGCGACAUUGCGCCGAGCGUCGCGUUGAAGCUUGAUGAUGACCGACUCUGCCCGUGUCCGGAUUGUUGGCCCCGAGAUAGAGCUGAAGGGCUUCGAAUGCUGGCCUGUCGGAAUGUGUCUCUCAAGUGGCCGUGGAGGCACAAGAUGUACUGGAGCGUGUUGAUGACGCUCGGUAUGGAAGGCGCGCAACUUCUGACCGCGCCGGUCGACUCGAUCCCGCGGCCUUUGAAGGAGAAAGUCCGUGGACUGUUGCAGGGAGUUGACGAAUUGCCUGUCCCGUCCAAGGAGCACAGAUCGAAGAGGGGGUGGUAUUUUGCUCCUCGCUGUUAG